CCCAGGCAUAUUUUUUGUCUCGCAUGCUUUCUUUCACUGUGCGCGCUGCAUGCAGUGCUUGGUUUUUUUUUAAGCUGCCAACAGCCUAGUAGCAGCAAGAAACUCGGCUGCACAGCCUGCAGCACGUCUAGCAGCAGCAAUAUACACUGAUGCGCCGCACCAGCGGCCGCAACCGGCGCCGGCCACGGCUGCAGAGUUGCGUGCUCUGCUGCGCGCUCUCUGCGACGGGCCUGCUCGCGCUCGUGCAUCUCGCGGCGCUACGGGCAAUGCACGAGAAACCGGCGGUGCCGGAGGCACCAUACGUUCUCGCCGCGGGCGAGACCGAGGUCCACGUCGUCUUCAGCACCGACUGCUCGCCGUACCAGCACUGGCAGUCGAUCAACGUCUGGUACUCGGCGCGGGCGGUAGGGCAGCGCGGGCCGGUGACGCGCAUCGCGAGCGGCUGCGCCGCGGAGGAGGCGCGCAAAGUCGCGGCGGAGUGGCUCGAGAUCGACCCCACGGGCACGUUUCGCGCCCACUUUGCUCCCGCGGGCGCUCUUCGCGGCGGCACGUACAAGUAUUCCAACAAGCCGUCUGGCCUGUAUCACUGGCUCACGACGGCCCGCCCGCCGCCCUUCGUGGACCCGUCCCGCGGGAUCGUCGUGUUGAUCGAUCCCGACCAGAUGCUGCUGCGGCCGAUCACCGCGGCGCUGGGAGCGGGCCUGCGGCCGUCGCCGCGCAAGGGCGAACUCGUGGACGCCGACGGCGUCCCGCGCGUCCUCGGCCACAACUUGGACGGGAUCGCGGAGCGCGUCGCGCCCGGCGUCGCCGCCGGCCAGGAGUAUGGGCUAGGCGGCGCCUGGGGGGAUGCUGGGAAGCCCACCGCGGGCAAGUCGUGGCGCAGCUUCGACCGCGGUCGAGUUUGCGGCGACGGCCCCUGUUCCCGCACGACGGUCCGCGAGGCGGCGCAGUCCUACGCCGUCGGCCCGCCCUACGUGAUCCACGCGCGCGACGCGGUGCCGCUCGCGAAGGCGUGGCUGCGGGCCGUGCCCGACGUGCACGCGCAGUAUCCGUACUUGUUGGCCGAGAUGUAUGGUUACAGCAUGGCUGCGGCGAACUUGUCGUUGCCGCACGCCCAGGUCCACCACCUCAUGGUAUCGAACGCCCAGGCCGGCGGCGAGGGCUGGGAUUGGGUCGACAGCGUACCGCGGGAGCAGAUCUGCGGCGGCGCCGCGGACAGUACGCCGCCGCUGGCGACGCGCUUCGAUCCGUCGCUGCCCUUCUCGAACGAUAUCCACCCGCCGGGUCCGGCGGCGCCCGCUGUGGUGCACUUCUGCCAGCGGUACCCGGCGGGUGGUCAGAAGUUCGGCAAGCAUUCCGUGCCGCACAACGCCUUCUCGUGUGAUGGAGGCGUCUUCGCCUUCGACGCCGGCAAGGCGGCCGCCGCGGCUAUCGGUGCCGGGAGCCGGGAAGCCGUCCGCAACGCGUACGUCCUCUGCAACGUCCUGCCGCGGCUGCAAGCGGCGCAGCUCGCCUACAAGCGGGACGUCUGCCCGAAGCGCGGCCUGACGACGUGGAACGAGGCGCGGACGAUGCAUGCGUAGUGCUGGCUCCAAAGCGGCGCAGCUCGCCUACAAGCGUGCCCGAAGCGCGGACGAUGAAGGCCUAGUAGUAGUGUGUAAGCUUUGUGAUAGA